GCAAAAGCCCACAAACACAGCUACUAUGACGAGACAGGCCUUCGACUCACGGAGACCUCUUACGGCAUCCCUCUACCGCUGGACAAUCUACUGGAGCAAAUAUCACAUCACCUCUCCGACGACCAGAACCAGAACGGAGAGUCAGACUGUGUGCCCGGCAGUAACCUCUCAGAACUAGACAUGUGUCUCACCCCGGCCCAGCAUUCCAUGUUUGGUUCUCUUAGGCAGAUGGUACCAGGCCGAAGGAAAAAGCGCCAAGCGUCAGCGAAUGGUUUCUCUUUGUGGAAAAAUGGCGUCAUCCCUUAUAUCUUCAACUCCACCUUCCCGGCCCAGGACAGGGACGCCAUCUUGAGUGCUAUGUCCGAGUGGGAGAAGGCCACCUGUGUCAGGUUCCGGCCCGCCAACAGGGAGGACAGGGAUCUGGUCAUCUUUAGGGAUGGACGCAGCCGGCUGCCCCAGGUCCCUGCACUGUGGAGAUGCCUGCUACAUGGACAACAUCUGUGUGUGUCGGUGCUCGGCCGGUGUCGACAAGGCCAUCUUUAACGAUACCGCAACAAUCUCCCCGACGCUACCUGUGAGUUUUUCGCCUCUCGCGGCGAGUGCACUGGCAACAUCAAGGACACGGUGCGGCCCUUGUGUGCCAAGUCGUGCGGCCUCUACCAGUUCAAAUACAACGCGCCAGCUUCUACAGCGGACACCUGGGCGCCGGGGGGCGGGGCCUCUGUCAACCAACUCCAAGGGAAACCUGUCGCCUCCACAUGGGGCACGCCCUCGACUGACGUCAUGACUCUGAACAAUGGAGGAGGAGCGGGAGGAGGGGGAGGAGGAGGAGCUGGUGGUGGGGGCGGAGCCGGUGCUGGUGGCAAUAACGUUAUCAAUGACGUCAUUCUAGACUCCCUCCUCCCAACUGUUGCAGGGCAAAGGACGUCUUCUAUACAAGCGAGGGGAGGUUAUCAGCCUGAGCCGUCCUAUCUACCCGUUCGUGAGCCCCCUCCUAGUGCUCGGAUGGUCAACACAGCCUCACAGACUGCCCAGCAAGACACGGGCAUGCCUUCCUCUCCCGUCAUCAACUUUAGAGCGGCUCUGCUACAGAGGCAAGCGGCUCUCAGCUCGUCAGAACCUACGCUGUACCGACGCGCUCUAGUAAUGAGCCGCUCCUCAAACGGUCGAACAGCUAGACUGCUCCUACCUACACAUCUAAACAGUCGAAGUCUGCAGAGAAAUCGCGCCCUUUUUUCUCAACGUCUCAACUUGCUUCAGCGAGACAACGCGAGAGGUUCAGCUUCCAGAUUAGCCAGUGCCGGUCUAGGGCCGUUUGGCGGUCUGACGUCAUGGCUAGCGAGGUCGGGGGGCCAACAAGCAUUGUCUAGACAGUCCGCCCAGACAUUGAGACCUUCUGCUGCUAGCAUGAAGACACGUCGACCCUCUCGGCAAAUGCAAGGCCUCUACGAGUUGUCCAACUUUGGCGCGUCGAGGUCUAGCUUGAAAAAUCUAGGCGGGGAUAACUGGCAGACAGGUGGCUAUCCGGGAAGAGGAGACGGAGGGUUAGGGUUCGGAGCUCUUCCCAGCACUAGCGGCCGAAUGAACCGUUAUCAACAGAAUAAACGAGUACGUCAAGGUCCGCCUGACUACGGGGCGGCGGAUAUGUGGGGGAAGGCGCGAGGUCCGAGUCUGAGGGGACAGAACAUCCCCGCCACCCUAGAGGUGGACAGAGUCCAGGGCCCACUACCCCUCGCAGACUUCACAGGCCCGGAGUUCGGACAGACGGAGGGCACCGCCUCUCAGACGGCCACCACAAAAACAGACUUCGCCGGUCCCGACACGGUGGGAGGAUCCGGGCAAAGUUUGCAGACCACAGGCCCUUCCUUCAUGAAGUCAGGUCGCAUCCCUCAGAACUUCCUGCUGGGAGAGCAGACCCGGCCUUUGGGCAGCCCUGUGGAACAAUCACUCCCCAGCAGGUGGGAGCAGCAACAACAGAACCAGAACAUUCCCAUCUCCGACCUACAGGGAGCCCCGACUCCAACCGGACCCUCCACCGUCAGCUUUGACGCAGCAGCGAGCGGCCCACAAAGUUUCGAACCCACGCUGUCCGCACAAGGAGCCCAGCAGCAGCUUCCGGGUCAACAGCCAGGUCUGUGGGACGCUCUGACGUCAGGGGUCAGCGACACGACGGGUGCUGGAGUCACGGGAGGUCAACAAGGAGGGGGAGGUGGAGGCGGUGCCCCUGGUUACGGCAACAGCGAACCGUUUAUAGACACGCUGAGCUUCAACAACCAGCCUGGAGUGCCUAUAGAUCACGUGGCGCUCUCGGACGCAGCAGCGAGCAGUAACGUUCCGUAUCUACCUCACAACAACAACAAUAACAACAACAACAACAACAACAACAACCGCAACCGCAACAACCACGCCAUUGUGAUGGGCCGCCACGGCGUGAGCGGUUUCACCAACAGAAAUGUCCAGUCCUCACACCACACUCUACAGCAGAGACAGCCGUCGGGGUCUUCUCCUACACUAUUCCAAAGACUCAACAUGCAUCGCUCGUUCACCGACCCUAAACCAGACACGGCUAUAGACGCCACAGCGGCGAUAAGUCCGCUAAGAAGUGACAAUACAACACCUUUGAAUACUUCAUCCUUACCCCCACUGCCUGUACCGCCAGUCCCAGGGCCGCCACCACCCUCCCCUCUACCCCGCGGGUCCCCUAGCGCUCUCUUCCUUCCUUCUAUGACAGUAGACACCAACACAGGAGUUGCUCCAAGAGAGCGACCAGCGGCAGCUGCAGCAGCAGCGAAAGCUGUGGUCAACGACCAGCUCGGCUUGACCAGUGAGUUCAUCACAAACGCACAAGGUAGUGCCGGACCCUCGUAUUCCCCCGCUAGGUCCGGCCCAGUUUUCGGCUUUGGCCAGCGGUACACAAUGUUCUCAAACCCCAGACAGUCUUGGAACGGGGGACCUUUGGAUGCGUCGUUUUCUUCUUCCUCAUCUUCGUCGUCGUCAAUAUUUACAUUCCCGUCCGUUUUUAAAACGGAUAACAGGACCUUGGCUGUUCCCAGCCCAAAGCGAUAACAACAAAACAAAUUAAGUAACACAAAUAGUUACUAAAACCAUUGGGGAACUGUUGCAAGUUCAAGGCGAAAUCGGGGGAGGCUUGACGGGACAACUUUUGAGUGACAACGGCUGGUGAGGUCUAUUAUUACGCACAUAGCUGUCAUUCAGUAGGUCGGAGUCAGGGGGCAUGCUGACGCUUGGACCUUUUCGUGCUUUUCGAUGUUCUAGAACUUUCAAGAUACAUGUAGAAGUUGACGCCCUGAUGAUGUACGAGGCACAUUGCGUCGUUUUCAGCUUUUAUUUGAGUAGUAGUUCGUGUACGUCCCGAAACCGAAAGGGGCCAAGUUUGUUGUGUUUAGCUGUAAUAAACUGUUUUGAACCCUU